UCAUGAAUACAAAAAAUUCUUGUUUAAUAGUUAAGUAUUUUGUUACAUGGCAUUAACCCUACGAGUGUCAAAAAACGUAAAGUCUCGACAAAACAUAUUUCGGUAUAUUGAUCGAAAAAUGCGCGGGUCACACUAUACAGCUGCGUACGGCGUCUAAAUCGGCGGGAAAAACUACACACAACACAGAGAUGGCACCCGAAUCACCCGAAAGAUCGAGCCCGCUCGGGCGUCGAUACUGCGGCAUGGGCAACCAUAUGCUCAGAGCGCCAUACACCAGGGUGACUGAUCGAAAAGUUCUCCACUUUGCACAACAGAUCAAUUCAGAACUGCGGCCCGAUAUGCCACUCUGUCAGGUUUGUUACGAUAAACUGGAGGAAAUCUACAAAUAUAAGGCAUAUAAUGCGCGACAGCAUCAAAAGAGGAAGCAGGCCGAGAGCGUCUCGGACGUGAGCUCAAGUCAGCGACAAGCCAACUCCUCGGACAACAGCUCGACGACGUCCACCUCCGUCCCACGUAGAUUGGCGACGGCCACAGCGGCAAUUAGACGACCAACCCCCGUGCCCGUCCUUACAACUCUUAGCGAGGACAACAUGCCCACAACUAGCGCGGCGGCUGCCGAAAAACGGAAGCGCGCCAAUCCACCGCCAGCGGCGCCGGAAAAACGGAAGCGCUCCAGUCCACCGCCAGCGGCGGCGGAAAAACGGAAGCGCUCCAAUCCACCGCCAGCGGCACAGCAUGUCACACAGUCAUCGCAAAGCUCAUAUGUGAGCGAUGAAGAUGAUCCCAACUCGAACGUGCGCCUGAAUGAGGUGAAUGGGACGCGGAUGCCACACAUCCAGCCGAUACCCAAGCGACGCCAGGUGGUUCACCUGAAUAAGGCUGCCAUGGAUAUCUCUUUGGCAGGGUCACGGGUCCAUGCACCCGAAUCGCCCGACAGAUCGAGCCCGCUCGGGCGUCGAUACUGCGGCAUGGGAAACCAUAUGCUCAGAGCGCCAUACACCAGGGUGACUGAUCGAAAAGUUCUCCACUUUGCACAACAGAUCAAUUCAGAACUGCGGCCCGAUAUGCCACUCUGUCAGGUUUGUUACGAUAAACUGGAGGAAAUCUACAAAUAUAAGGCAUAUAAUGCGCGACAGCAUCAAAAGAGGAAGCAGGCCGAGAGCGUCUCGGACGUGAGCUCAAGUCAGCGACAAGCCAACUCCUCGGACAACAGCUCGACGACGUCCACCUCCGUCCCACGUAGAUUGGCGACGGCCACAGCGGCAAUUAGACGACCAACCCCCGUGCCCGUCCUUACAACUCUUAGCGAGGACAACAUGCCCACAACUAGCGCGGCGGCUGCCGAAAAACGGAAGCGCUCCAAUCCACCGCCAGCGGCACAGCAUGUCACACAGUCAUCGCAAAGCUCAUAUGUGAGCGAUGACGAUGAUCCCAACUCAAACCUGAGUCUGAAUGCAGUGAAUGGGACGCGGUUGCCACACAUCCAGCCGAUACCCAGGCGACGCCCGACGGUCCACCUGAAUAAGGAGGCCAUGGAUAUCUAUUUGGCAGGGACCACGGGCGGAUAAUAUUUUGUAACUUGUAAACCAUACUCUUAGCUCAUAAUUAGUGUAGUUGAAAUAAA